GAGGAGGUCCAAGGAGGUCUGUGUGAUGAAACAAGCUCCCGCCUUACGAACUGGUGACUUGGUGAGAAGUGCUCGGGGCAGAGGAGGCAUCGCCAAUCACAAGACGCCCUUUUCGUCCUUUACUCAAUGUCGAGAGUGCGUAUGAACACAAAGGGGGAUGGGUGACGUUUCGUCUGGAGCCGGAAACCGUCUGUAUAGAUAGCCCAGGCGCACCGCCUAGGUUACCAGUCUACCUUGCUCCGUCACCACCUUUGCUCUCUAGCUAUCGCCUCCAAGUUCGUGCGAAGUCAGACGAUAUCCAUGUAUCAUCACACUCGCUUGUCCUCCGCCAAAAGUAACCACGCCGAAACCCGCCUCCGACGAUACCGAUCAGUCUCGGGGAGCAUACUAUAGAGAACCCAACGACCAAGAAAUCGAGAUAUAGUUCCCAGACGACGACAACGAGGCCGGCUUUUCCAUGUACACCUUCCGCGCACUCGUCAUCGCCCUCCUCAUCGCCCUCGGCGCGAGCGGCACCGCCUCGGCGCGCCUGGUCGACCGCCAGGCUCUCCUCGCCUUGCGGCAGUCGUCCGGCCAGGAUGAGACCAGGACCAGAGGUAACUGCACGCAGAUGAGCAACAAGUGCAACUUGCAGGGCCGAGACGCCCAGGUUUGCCCGGCGGACUACAACAGGUGUCCGUUCGACGGUGCCCCUUGCGUUCUCGUCGAGCCAAAGGCAGAUUCAAGCCGCAAACCCGAAGUGCGAUGCGGAUAUCUUGGUAACACAUGAGAGGGGCGGGGGCAGGGAGAGGAGAUUCAUGGAAAGCGUAAAGAAUGGCGAGAAAGCAAGAAACUUGGGGGUAUCUUGGAAACUAC